GCGCUCCGUGUCGGCUCUCACCCGCUGGCCUUCACCCCGAGCCGAGCCGGCGUUUUCCAGAAAGACUGCCAAAGGCCCUGGAAACCCCAGCGCAAUCCCGUGCGCCGCGACGGACCGGACCAACCGGGAAAUAACCUUUGCCCAACACUGGUCACCCCCUGUAGCCCCAGAGGCGGAAAACAGGCUGUGGGUUUUGGUGGCGGCUGCCCAGAGUCAAGCAGAUUUAAAAUAAUCUUGAGAGUUGUUGAAUUCCUGGAGUGAACUGGUCAAAAGAUUUGGCAGUUUUCCUUUCGGAAAGUGGAUGAGAACAAGGACUUUUUAUCUGUGUGCGCGGUGGCCUUUACCUUGCGGGAGCACCGGCCUUGUGGAAAUUUUUACUCUCUCAUUAGUAGGACAGGACUUUCAGCUUCUCAGAGCAGCUUGAGUUUAAGAUACAUUUUGGGAAAUUGCAAAGAAAGCUUGCCUUGGGAAAGUUGGAAAUGCUUGAUCGACUGAUUGGAUUUUUUAAAGCCCUAAAAUAAACCUGUUUCCGCCACUUCUUUUUUUUUUUUUCUCAGCAAAAGGGCAAGGAAGUCUAAGAUGAUUUCAAGAUGUUCUUGCUUGACCGGAUUUGCACAGAAGGGCCUGUUCUUUUAAAUAUUGUUAGCAGUCAAGCGCUUGUACCACCGCGCCGUCAGGGUUCCUUCAAUAGAACAAAGGCCGGUGAAAUUCAAAAUAAGUUGAUUGUUCGAGUGAGCAGAAGUAUGUAGUUCAAGGAUCCUAAAGCCCUCUCAAAUAUUUGAAUUCGUUGACAUUUUAAAAUUGUUUUUAUGCAACGAGGGGUGGUUCCAGCCUGCUACCCAGAGGGAGGUAGCACUUGUCAAGCAUUUUGGACACCGAAAAUCCCGGAGAAUAAGACUGGCUCUGCCGGGGUUGAACUACUUAAGAUAAAAAGUUUCAGAUAGAGAGGAAUUGAAUUUUUGGUACUUUUCCACUGGUACUUCCUCUAAUCUUACAAGAGUUUCCGAGACGGAACAAAAACUUGACUUAACUCGAAAAUUAAAAAAAAAAGAAGACGAAGGGUUUGGAAAGGGAAUCUUGAGUGUGUUUGUCAUACAGAAAUUUUCAUUUUUGAUGUCCGCAAAUUUAACUUGUUUUACUUACAGCUUCUAGGUUGAGAAUCCUGAUUAAGAUAGUUUAUGUUUUACAUCUCUGUGUUUGUAACUGACAUUUGCCCUUCCUUUAACAAAGUAUUGCUCUUUGAAAGUGAAUCCACUUGCUGGUCCGCAGCGGCUCUGUGCCUCUUACCCCGGUGAAACUUAGGUGACUGGUGGUCGCGGGCAGUUUUUGAGCUGGGGCAGGAGGCUGAUCCGGAAGUAGGUUUGGUCCUCGGGGCGUCCCCGGGCCGCGUCGCCGCCGCCAGCAGCGUCGCCCACUCAGCCUGGGCAGCGCGUAACUCCCCGAAGCGUCGCGUGGGCCUUCUUUCCCAGCAUAUGGAGGUUUUACUACACCGCGACACCUGCGUAUGCCCUUAUGAAAAUUUCUAAGUUGCUGGGGCGGGGAGCUCCUCGACCUCGAUUUUUGAGCCUGAAGCCACAUGUGGGUAGCGCGUCACCUGGCGAGGUGCCUGGAGGAAGCGCACAUGUGGUCGGGAGGCAGAGGUCCCGGGACGCCAGCCCGGGGGGGCCGCCCCUUGUCGCUGGUGACACUCUCCUCCAGUUCCGUGCCCUGUCGGGAGCAUUUCCAACUCCAGCUUUCCAGAGUGGCAGGUCUGAGCUUGUCCUGCGAGGGUGAGCGCCGUUCCGGGCCGAGAUCCAGUUAGAAGAGCCGGCGGCUGCCCUGGCAACUCCUUCACUGGAAGGGAUUCCAGAAGAAAUGAAGAAAGCCAUCUGAAAUGAAGUCAAUAGCCUUAUGGCUUUCUGUUGAAUGGACUGGAGAUUUAUUACUGCAUUUCCUUGGAAUGACACUGCACGGGGUGUCUGCUGUGGUCAUCCAUCAGGUCGAAGAGGCACUUGAUGAAGACGAGAAGGAGACGCUUCUCUUUUUGUGCCGGGACGUUGCUGCAGAUGUGGCUCUACCCCAUGUCAGGGAUCUUCUGGAUAUUUUAAGUGAGAGAGGUAAGCUGUCUGCCAUGGGCUUGGCUGAGCUGCUGUACAGAAUGAGGCGGUUUGACUUGCUCAAACGGAUCUUGAAGAUGGACAAAGCUGCAGUGGAGGACCUCCUGCUCAGGCAUCCUCACCUUGUUUCGGACUAUAGGGUGCUGUUGACAGAGAUUAGUGAGGAUUUGGACAAAUCUGACGUGUCCUCAUUAAUUUUUCUCCUGAGGGAUUACACAGGCCGAGGCAAAAUAGCCAAAGAUAAGAGUUUCCUGGAUCUUGUGGUUGAAUUGGAGAAACAAAAUCUAGUUGCUCCAGAUCAAUUGGAUUUACUAGAAAAAUGCCUAAAGAACAUCCACAGAAUAGACCUGAAGACAAAAAUCCAGAAAUACAAGCAGUCUGCUCAAGGAGCAGCAGGAACAAAUUAUGUAAAUGCUCUCCAGGCAUCUUUCCCAAACUUGAGUCUCAAGGAAGCUUCAUAUAACUUAGGGCUACAGAAUGGAAGAAGGAAAGAACAAAGAAUGGUUGUGGAACAACUUGGCAUUCAAAGAGAACCAGUGAAGACAUCCAUUCAGGAAUCAGGAACGUUUUUGCCUCAGCACAUUCCUGAAGAAAGAUACAGGAUGCAGAGCAAGCCCCUAGGAAUCUGCUUGAUAAUCGAUUGCAUUGGAAAUGACAAAGAUCUUCUUCAGGACACCUUCACAUCCCUAGGCUUUGAAGUCCAGUACUUCCGGUAUCUCAGUGUGGACGGUAUAAUUCAGAUUCUUCACCAAGUUGCCUGUAUGCCCCAACAUCAAAAUUAUGACAGCUUUGUGUGUGUCCUGGUGAGCCGAGGAGGCUCCCAGAGCGUGUUUGGCGUGGAUCAGACUCGUUCAGGGUGCCCCUUGGAUCAGAUCAGAAGGAUGUUCAUGGGAGAUUUGUGCCCUUCUCUCUUAGGGAAGCCAAAGCUCUUUUUUAUUCAGAUCUAUGUGGUGUCAGAGGACCAGCAGGAGGUUAGCAGCCUUCUGGAGGUGGAUGGGGCAGGGAUGAACAUUGUGGAAUCCAAAGUAAGGCAGCCUGGGCCCUGCAUGGUCCACCGAGAAGCCGACUUCCUCUGGAGCCUGUGCAGAGCAGAUGUGGCCCUGCUGGAGCAGUCCCCCUGUUCGCCCUCAGUGUACCUGCAGUGCCUCUCCCAGAAACUGCAGCAAGAAAGAAAACGCCCACUCCUGGAUCUCCACAUUGAACUCCACAGCAAAGUGUAUGAUUGGAACAGUAGAGUUUCUGCUAAGGAGAAGUAUUCCGUCUGGCUGCAGCACACGCUGAGAAAGAAACUCAUCCUUUCUUGCAAAUGAAAAACCAAGAGCCCUUCUUAGCCCUACAGUUUCCACCCCUAGAGGGAGGGUUUUCAAGCAAGUGUGUAUGUGUGUGAUGUGGGUGAGGUAAUGUCCCAUCCUAUGCUGAAAUGAGCCUCUGUGAGGACUGUUUGUCUGGAAGGGGUGUUUGAACUAUAGAUUCUGAAGUGAAGGUAUUGAUCUCUAUUCUCAUUCUUAUUAUUAACUAUAACAGCACAUUUCUCUUAAUUUAGGGGUUGGAUCAUCACCACUUUUUGAAAGUAACUUACUGAAAUGUCAAGAGUAGAACAUGGUAAUGGAUUUAUGGCAAAUCUUUCCCUGUAGGUUUUUCAUAGUGUAUCCAUACCAGAGUAAACUCCAACCUGGAACCAUUGCACAGCCUCCUUACCCAGGGGCUGUGAGAACUGUAGGGGGUUGCACAGUGUGAAAAAAAAUGUUAUGGGUAGACUGUUGUUUGAUAGGAUAAGCAAAAAACUGCAGACAUAUAACUCAUAGUAUUUAUUUAUAUUACAUUCUACUUUUUGUAUUCUUAUAAUGCUAAUCUAUAUUUAUAUUUGCAAUGGGAUGGAUUGCUUUUAUAUGGCCUUUCUUUCCAUGAUCUUAUAACUGUCAUUAAAUGAUUGAGUGGGACUAUGUAAAUAAGGUACCCUGUGUCCUACCAAGGGGAUUGGACAGUGCUAUGGAUUGAAUUGUGUCCCCAAAAAUAUAUGUUGUAAAUCCUCUAUAC